AUGCAGUCGGAUGAUCCUGCCUUUCUGCCGCCAGGGACCGAAGUCAGUGCAAAAUUCAAAGGAGCAUUCUGCGAAGCUAAAAUCAAGAAACUAUGCAAGUCUGUGAAAUGCAAGGUUGCAUUGAAAGAAUCUCCAUUUGGCACUAUUGUCGUGGAAGAACAUUUGAUUAGAGGCACACUCGAAGUGAACCAAAUUGUAGAUGUUGCACAAGGCAAACAUCAUGUCAAAGGUGUUAUACAACACAUAAAAGACUGCAGUACAUAUCACGUCGUGUUCAACGAUGGCGACGAAAAAGUAUUACGGCGUACUCAGAUGUGCCUGAAAGGAGGCAGACAUUUUGACAGUGAAUCAAAUCUUGAUCAAAUGCCAUUGUACAAUCCUGAACAGUUCUGUGCACCUCCGAAACUUCAGGCAAAAACGAAGAAAAUUAAAAAAAUCAAACGCCGUCGGGAAGAGGAAAGCGAAGACGAUGAGGUGAAGAAACGUAAGAAACGUGCGGCUGCUUCAGCUGCUAGCGUAGCCAUUGGAGAGAUGGAUCAGGGAGAUACAGAAGAAAGUGGAGAUGGUGACAUGAGCAGCAGUAGCGAGGAGUCCAGUGAUGCAGAGGUGGAACCCGACAAAGAGGAGAAAAAGAAGAAGGAAAAAGAGCAGGAGAAGAAGGAAGAGUCACCUCGCAAAGCUCAACAGAAUCAGAAAAGCGAAGCUGAACAGCUGGAAGAAUUACGAGUGAAGCUAAGAGCCGGUAGUGUUGUUUGUGUUUACGAUGAUGCACAGCAUCGAGGAAAAUGGUAUCCAGCUGUUGUUGUCGCAUUGAAAGUUUACAGAGAUUUAACUACAAAGGGGAAAAAUCUGGGAAAAAACGAAAUUCCCGUACGCAGUUUCCAAAAUGGAAAGUAUUUCGCCGCAUCACUCGCGAACCUAGUUCUAUUGGACGACCAGCCUAUAAGUAAAAAAGCCCUCGAUGCGAUGAGUAAUCCGCAGCGCACGGCUGUCGACAGAGCGAACGCGUUCAAUAGUAAAGGCACGCUCCCAAAUAAUUGGAUUGCAAAGGAGAUUUACGCCGAUACAAGUAUUCCGAGGAAAAAGGAACCUGUCAAAGCUGAUACAAGCAUCAAAACGGCCAAGAAGGACGAUAAGGCCGAAACUUCGAAAAAGGAGGACGAUGCCAAGAAGAAGAAAGCGGAGAAAAAAGUGGAAAGUAGCUCGGAGACCUCAGAGAGCAGUGGUGAAGAGGAAUAUGGGGAAGAGAGAGACCUGUUUGUGGCUCAGCUGUACAAAUUCCAAGAGGAAAGAGGAACACCCAUUAACCGUGCGCCGAUUCUUGGUGGAAAAGAUAUAGAUCUUUAUCGCUUUUAUCGCGUUGUUCAAGACUAUGGUGGUUGUAAACGAGUUACAACCAAUCAGCUAUGGAAAAAGGUGCUCAUCAAACUUCAUCUGUCUGGUUGUCCUGGAGCUACUCCUGUUACUGUGAGGAAGGCUUACAUAAGAUACUUAGCCCACUUCAAUUCCUUCUACAAAAGGCUGGGCUGGUCUUUGGAUGAGUUGUCCAUCACAUCGACGAUCAAUAGUCCUAGAGAACGUCGGCUUAUUCGAAACGCCGAACUAAUGAAUCAGCAGAAACCAGUAAAACGGCGAAAGUCAAGUGCAGCCGAAGCUAAGGAGAAGACGACAAAAAGAGGAAAAGCCGAUGGAAGAGAGUCAAAGGAGACUUCUCGUGAUCCUGAUGGGAGCAGUCAACGAGAAAGAUCAACCUGCUCUCCAUCUACUUCCACAAGCUCGGAGAAGCCAAAGAAGCUGGAAAAAGAAGAAGACGAGAAGAAAGCUGAGCGUAAGCAAAAGGAUGAGGAUGUGAAGGAAAAGAAAGAAAAGAAGGAGAAAGCUAAGGAAAGGGAGAAGGAAGAGAAGGCAAAAGACAAGGAGACAAAGUCCAAGAUCAAAAAAGAAGAAGAAGUGAAGGAAAUGGAGGAAAAGCGUGGCGAGAAACUUAUCGAGAAGAUCAAAGAAGAAGAGAAAACCGAAGUCGAGCACAAACACAAAUCAUCACCAUCGAAAGCUGAACAGGAAGCGGAUGCAAGAGCAGAAAGAUCAGAACGACGUGACAGUGAACGAGAAAAAAAUGCUGCAGCUGUCGACAAAGAUGGGGUUCAUACCGAAAAGAGAGAUCAUGAUAUUAGCGAUGAAGAUGGAGAUGGUAAGAAACGAAAGGAAAGAAAAAAAUUGGCAAAAGCAGAUAAGAAAGAUGCUUCUGAUCCAGCAAAGUCAAGAGAUCCUGAUGAGGGCUAUCGCCCGGCUAAUAUCGUUUCGCGUUUUUAUCUUGGCCAAAAAGUGCGUGCUCAUCAUCAUGGACGUUGGUAUGAUGCACGCGUAGUCACUGUAGACCAACCAUCUGUCAAAGAAAUGGCUGAAAUUAUGGAAAUGGCCGAUGAGGAGGGCAUUGGUCUUUCCUCACAAGCAAUUGCUCGACUUCGUGUCGUACUUUCAACCACAAGGUGUUUUGUUCACUACCUCGGUUGGAACUCUCGCUAUGACGAAUCGAUAACGCUCAAUAAGAUUCGCCUUAGUGAAAAGGAUGACCAAACGUCGAUGGAUGCAAUCACACGUGAAAUGGGUGAUCGCAUACCGAGAUCACGGUUGGACUUCCUUUUACGUUGGUCGAAUUCUACCGAUGGCGUUGAAAGCCUGACAAGAGACGACGAUGAAGUGCCAACUCAUCUAUUUAGCAUGGGUGGAUAUCGCCCUAGACGUGUCUCCAUCUCCCAAUACGAGCAACUGACAGCAGCUGCUGCGGAAGGACUGAAGAGAGAGUCCUCCAAGUCGGCCGGCAUGCCGUUGAAAGUGUCAACACAGCGAGCUAAAACACCGUUGGCAGGACCGUCGAGAAUUGAGCAUUCAAUGAUCUCACCAUCGAAUAUCGGUAUAUCUCCACCUUUACGAUCUCCUCCCCGAGGACAUGAUGCGACGCACCAUGGUACACCGCGUGUUGGUUCGCCUCCAUCGGUUAUACAAGUGAAACGCGCUCGAACGACGGUAUCUGUCACACCUGGCGUCAAAGAAGGAGUGAUCGCUGCAGCUGUGCCCAGCUCAUCACCUGGUUUACCUACGACUAUUUAUAUAGCUGCUCAGCAUCCACAUGAAAAAGUCAUAGUGACACCGCCACAGAAGAUUGUUUCUCCGAAGCCGUCAAUUCCUGAAGAAGUUUCUGGGAAAUUCGAAUUCUCUGCGCAUGAUUCCAAGCAGUACUCAGCGCUGUUGAUAUUGAAGAUUUCCGUCAGAGAUAGUGUAGCGUUAACAUGCCAUGAACCUCCACCAAAAGAAAGAAAGAGACCAUCACGAGCAUCAUCAGCGAAGGAGAAGACACCUAUGGAUGAUGCUGCCGAUGUAGGAGUUGUUGUUAGCGCUUUCUGCGACUUCGACCUAGUCGCUAAAAGCCCUCUUUAUGGGAAACUGGCCGGCAGAAGGGGGAGCGAGACGUUGGCAGCAUCUGACGAGCAUCUGAGAAAGACUGUAGACAAAGUGACUCACUCUUGUCGGCAUGUUGAAGUCAAGAAAGAGCAAACGGAAAUGAAAGUGGAGAGUGAAGUCGUUGUGGUGUCACAACAGGUUGUCCAUCAGGAAGAAUCAGAUGCAGAACCAUCUGGUUCAGUUACUCCGAUGAGGACUGAUGGGGAAGACAAUGACAAAUGGUCAACGUCAGACAACCAAUCGGCUGGCGGUCGCAUCAUGUCACCAGGAAGAGGACGCGGAAACAAGCGGAAACGAGCUCCAUAUAAUCGACACAGCGUCAUGGUUGUUGAUAGAAAGUACAUGCGUCAAAAGACGUCAAGUAAAGAAGACCGAAAUGAUGAUUCAUAUGGCGAGGAAGAGGAAGAAGAAGAACCUUCAGUUGCGCGUGAUACUUUUAUUUCGAUGAAGAACAAGACUUUACGAAUUAUGGAGCAAGAACAUUCCUUGGAUAACUUUGAUCUCCUAGGUCUCCCACCCCUUGGCGAUCUCUCACAACUGAACGAAGACGCUAUAGAAAUGCUUGAAAAGCGAUUGAAUGAUCUCCGAGAGAUUUAUCAUAACUCCAGAGCUGAACUUCUUAUGAUGGAAAGGAAAAGGCGGAAAAAGGCCGAGAAGAGGAAAGAACGAGAAAGAGCACUCCGCGAAGCUUCAGCCAUGGAGAAGUCACAAUGAUAUCUGCGUUCCUAAAAGUAUUGUUGUAGAUAGAUGUAAUCCACUGUUUGUAGUAAUAUUUAUCUUAGCUUGGAAAAUAAUAAAUAAUAAUAUUUA